ACUCAGCAGGUCGACGAGACACGACCUCUCCUAGGAACUCCUUCCCCUUCCUUCAUUAUGAUCUUCUCAGUGUCGGUGUUGCUGGCGUGUCAGGUGCUGGUGGCGUUGGGUGACCGCCACUCGCCUCCCACGUACGGACACUCCACCCCCAGCUACGGCAAACUGCCCCCCAGGCACCCCCACUCGCCCCCGACUUAUGGCCCCCCUGCAAGCCCCGAGCCGUUGUACGGCCACUGCGACCCCACCAAGCCCCCUGCAUGUGCCUAUAACGGCACCUCCUACUGCCUCGAAGACCCCGAGUAUCCCGCCAGCGACAUCGCGAGUGCCAUCAGCAGCGACUACAUCUUCGCCAAGAAGUACUCUGAUGUCCCCGACCAGUCGGCGGACGACCUGGUAGAGUUCCUGACGAAGCUUCAGGAGGAGGCCUUCGACUACGCCUUCUACUCGGGCGCCUCCACAGGGCACUCGCCAUACGACCUCACGCACUGGGCAGGUCCCGAGGGCUACAUAUGCCCCAGCGACGUGGCCUACGCGACACUGAGGCGGGCCCGCAAUGUGCAGGGCAAGUGGCACGUGAUCGUGAACGACGCGCACUACCACACGCAGACGGUGCGCCUGGAGACGUGCCUGUACCCAGGGGCGGCGUGCCGUGCCCUCGCCCCCUGCUACUCGAGCGCCUGCACGCAGAAGUUCGUGUACCACCGCCUGCUGUCGUAUGAUCCCUGCGACAUGUACAAGGGGCUCUUCAUAGACGUCUACCAACUGCCGUCUGUCUGUUCCUGCCACGUCCCAGCGCACUAACUGCCGGGUACCCGUCGGCGGACAGUCAACCACCACGAUGGACGUCGGCUGCCA